AUGUCUCGACCACCGCUAUUAUCAUCUUCACAACAACAAGUAUCACAAUUCGCACAUCAACAAAAACAUCAAAUAUCACAGCCACCACAAUCAGCAUCACCACAACGACACCCAUCACAAUCACACCAACGACCGCAACAACAGCAGAUGCGACGGGAGGAGGUGAACCGGCGCCGAGAUGAACCAGCGCUAGAAGGCAGGGUCAAAUCGACAGGACGGGUACAUUUCAGCGACGCGACGAGGCCAAUCUCUGCGAGGCGAGCCACUGCUUCUGCCAACCUGACGGGUAUCUGCGAGGCCGUGGAGCUGCCGCCGACCGGAUGGCGACAGGCCGUUGUUCGAGGCUUGAGUGCCGGUCGGCCGGGCCGAACCCUCGGCCCCAGACGUCAGGCCUCGGCGGCCCGCAGGCCCAGGAGACCGGCCGAUACAUGGGCAAGGGAGCGAGAUCGUCUUCGGACGGCGAGCACAUGGACGCCGUUGGCCGAGUCCAGCUUCCGCAUCGUCAGUCUGACGACCGACUCGGCCUCUUCAAGUCGACGGGAGUCGGCGCGUCGACAUUCGCCAGAGCGUCGACUGGCGGGAGUCGUUCGACCUGCGGUUGCCUGCGUCUACACGACGCCGGAGCAGCGGUUGGCUCUGGCCGAGGAGGUCUGCAGACGAGGGGACGCCGAGUCGGCGUUGCGUCAGACGGCCCUGCUCGCGGUCGAGGGCGACGGCGACGGCAACGUCAACGCCGAGUUGUGCCUUGGCCUGUGCGAACUGGUGGCGUUCGGUCUGCCUCGCAUUGGCCUGAUGGGCUCUCCUGACGCCGCCGGGCAGACAACCGACCUCGAGGCCCGGGACCGCCAAGGCCGGACCCGUCUUUGCGGACGCGCUGGUCACGGCAGGCCUGGCCGAGCAUCGCUUCGCGACAACCCAGCUCCGGCGUCGGUCAACGUCGCCGGUGGCGAUGCGAGGGGCCCGACGACCGGCCUGGCAAAACAGCCACAGUCUGGAGGAAGGGUUCUGUACAGCGGCCAAGGCCGGCCUCAUACGGCAGCUCUGCUUGGCAAGCCGGCGACGUUUCAGCCGCGAGUGGAUGAUUCGCGAAGAUUUGUUAGGACCUUGUCAUUCGGCCAGGAGGAAUACAACAGAUUCCAGCACAAGAUGUUUUUGUGA